GGCUUUUCCCCACCCGCCGCCGCCCCGCGCCCGCAGCCGCUCCCGCCGCUCCGCUCCGCCAUGUCCGCCGAGCCGGCCCCGGCCGCCGCCGCCGCCCCCGAGCAGGCCCCCGGCCCCGAGCAGGCCCCCGGCCCCGACCCGCCGGCGGGCGGCGGGGAGCCGGCGGAGCACCGGGCGCUGGUGCUGACGGGCUUCGGCGGCUACGAGAAGGUGAAGGUGCAGGCGCGCGCGGCGGGGGCCCCGCAGCCCGGCGAGGUCUCGGUGCGGGUCCGCGCCUGCGGCCUCAACUUCGCCGACCUGAUGGCGCGGCAGGGGCUCUACGACCGGCUGCCGCCGCCGCCCGUCUGCCCCGGCAUGGAGUGCGCCGGCACCGUCCGCGCCCUCGGCGACGGCGUCCGCGACCGAAAGGUUGGUGAUAAGGUAAUGGUCCUGGCAAGGUCAGGGCUCUGGCAAGAAAUUGUGAACGUGCCAGCCAGGCAGACAUUCCUGAUACCUGAGGGGAUGAGCUUCGAGGAAGCGGCCGCUUUUCUUGUAAACUACAUCACCGCCUACAUGAUCCUGUUUGACUUUGGAAACCUGAGACCCAACCAGAGCGUCCUCAUCCACAUGGCUGCAGGUGGUGUGGGAACUGCUGCCAUCCAGCUGUGCAAGACAGUAGAAAAUGUCACCAUUUUUGGCACAGCAUCUGCCUCCAAGCACGAUUUGCUCAAGGAGAGCGGAGUCGCUCACCCCAUUGACUACAGAACGAUGGAUUAUGCAGAGGAGGUCCGGAAAAUCUCUCCCAAAGGUGUUGACAUUGUCCUGGACCCCCUGGGAGGAUCCGAUACGUCCAAAGCAUUUAACCUGCUGAAGCCGAUGGGCAAACUCAUCACUUACGGGAUGGCAAACCUGCUCACUGGGCAGAAGAAGAACUUCAUGGCUAUGGCUAAAACCUGGUGGAACCAGUUCAGCAUCAGUGCCUUGCAGCUCCUACACCAUAACAAGGCUGUGUGUGGCUACCACCUUGGAUAUAUGGAUGAAGAAUUUGAGCUGAUUGGCAUCGUUGUAGCCAAGCUGCUUUUCCUGUACGGCCAAGGCAAAAUCAAGCCCAAAAUAGACUCUGUAUGGCCCUUUGAUCAGGUGGCAGAUGCCAUGAGGCAGAUGCAAGAGAAGAAGAAUGUUGGAAAAGUCAUCCUGGUUCCUGAAGCACCCAAGGAAGAAUCCAAAAAAGAAGAGAACUAAGGAGAAGACGUGUGCAGAUUGUGAAUUCAUGGUUUAACUCCCUGAUCUCUUUGGGACCUGGAAAUGGACAGAUCAGUAGCUUCCAUAUUCACUAGAACAAGAACAUUGUGCUUAAAGCUCAGAUGAGGUUUGCAUGCUCUCGUUGUGACUGACCCUUUGCCAGACCGGCCUCCUGCCCUAGCUCUGUCCUGAAGCCUGCUUAUUUUCUAUACUUUUCUAAUCCCUUGGUUCUUUGCUGAAUUUCCAAACUAACCUUCGUUUUCUCUGGCAGUGCAACUGGCGCUUCCAGCAGCUGCCGGUGACAGUGACAGGUUGUGCGGUUGUUAAAAGUCAAGGUGUGCCACGUACUGUAGCAACUGCUGAGUGUCUCCACAGAAGCCGAGCCCUGCUGAAGCAUUUGCGCUGUCACCUUGGGGAAGCUCGUUCAGCAGGAGAAUGGGCCAAACUUGGCACGUUUCCUCAACAGCCAGAGGCAAAGCCUGGCUGGCCCAGUUUAAUUCUAGCACGAGCUACUCAUCUGUUUACACUAACCACGCACUUUCCCCUCUGCUUUUGUAGGCCUCCAGCACCAGUCAGAGCGUAACAGGUCUUUGCCUUGUAAAUAACCAUCCUGGCACUCUGGAGUCUAUGGCAUAUUGCACUUAAUUUGCAGUCACUCUUCUUUGCAGUCGGCAAGAAACCCGACAGGCUGGGCCGUGUCUGAAUACGGAAGAAAAAGUUUCAUUUGGGUAACUUGAUCUUGUCCAUUUUCCGAUUCCAAACUGUAUAGGGGAGAUCUAAACCGUGUCUUGAUUUUUAGAGACCAUAAGGACUCGACUGUGUCUCAAGUGACUGGAACAAUUGAUGUUGGCUCUGUGCUUUAUUAAUGUUGGGCUCCAAGUUGGUAUUGUUAAGGCUAAACUUCACCCUCGUGUUUGUAUUUCCAAGGGCUGCAGUGUUGAGUCGGACUUAAGCAAGAUGGGAACAAACUAAGCCCCCUGUUAACGCUUGCUUUGUGCUGUGCCCUGUGUGCUGGGGAGGCGUUGCAAUUUGGGAAUCAACGUGUAAGAACUGGUCGUGGGAGCCUGGGCUGGCUCGCUCUGUGCACGCCGCUCAGUAAAGCGUGCGUCGAGCCUCUUGGCUUGGGCGCCUUGAGCAGUGUAGACUGUGCUUUUCAUUCUCUAGCUAGCUCAUUCGAUACGCGCUCAGACCAGCUCCCACCUCGGGGCUCGGUGCUGCAGUAGGGCUUGACUUUUUCUUCCCCUGAAACUGCAAAUUUGGGGCUCUCAUUCAGCACUGAGGGUUUAGGAGCUGCUGGGGUGCUCCUCCCAGACCAGCACUCUGUUUCCUCCUCCUUUUUCUUUCCUUUCUUCCAUGCAUCUGGAAACGUGGCUGUGCAGAGAGCCAAGCCUAGUUCUGUGAGCACUGAACAUCCCGGCGAGUGCCCCCCUUUCCUGCCAGACGUGUUUUCAGGCCUGAGUGACUGUGGUGCCGUUUGUGCUUGCUUUGAGGCUUUGUCAUGGAUUGGAGGUGCUGCGGGAUUUUAGGCUUCAUUUUGGAUUUGAAAAGGUGUAAACCUGGGGGUGCCAAGGAGAGCUGCCCAUCGAGGGAGAGCUCGGGCUCCAGGAGCAAAUCCCUGCUGCCAGGAGCCCUGCGUAACCAUGCCCCAAGGAGGAGGGAUGCUCGCUGGGCAAAGGGCCCCGCGUGUGAAGCCCCUGCAGGGCUCGAGGGCAGGCAGGCUGCGCGCAGGGCUGGGGGUUCUGUGCGGCUGAGGAGUGGGGCUGCUGCCUCAGCCAGCCCUGUCCCCCAGCGGGGCUCCUAGCUUGGAUUUCAGGUGCUUGGGUUCAGUCCCUAGUUCUUCAAAGACGCGUAGGCGCAGCCUCUCAGGGACUUGCCCUGGCUCACUUUUAAGUAUUAAAACAACCCCGUUCCCUACGACCUCAGAGGAAGGCUGGAGCCCCAUCACAGAUCCUUGUCAGUCCAUCUCUCGCACUUGAUAGGCAAACUUCAUAAACGGGGUCUGAUGAAACUCGUAAGCACAACUUUUAACCUUUCUGAAUCCAAAAUCUUGCCGCUUCUCCAUUCGAUCUGCCCUGUCAUUCUAAUUCAGAUUAAAUCGGACUGUCUAGUGCUGCUAUGCCAGGUCUCCACAACAGGACUGUCAAAAUUGCUGAAAUGGGAAGCCUGAACCUGUUCCUCCGAGAAACUGAACUUGACCCUGAUGAAAGAGCAGCGUGCUCAAACAGCACACCACCGCACACUUGCAAAGGGGAAAACGAUCUAACGGUGUUUCACGGUAACACCCUUUUCCUUGCUUUAGUCUCGGCUAAGUGCGUGCUCAGUGCCUUACUUGGUUGGCCGUGGUCAGGCAGCGUAGCGAGGCUCUUGCAGCCUGAAGGAGGAAAGCGGGAGUCUUGGAGCUUCCCAUGGGAUACCCCUGACGUGCUGCCUUGCGGUGUGCCACAGAAAACAGUAUCUCAGUGCCUUCUUCUACAUGCCUGUAAGGACUAGGAAGUCACUGGAGCCUUUUCCAUUCUGGCCUUUUGAAAUAUUGCCAAAAACCUCUUGACAACUCUCGCUGGCUCUGUUUUGUGAACGCUGCUGGUGUAGUCUGAUUUACUGUGAAUAAGACACUCCCUUUCCGUGUAUUGCAGCCUUUCCAGGGCCAGCCUGGCGGUUCUGUGCUCCCCGCUCCAGAAGAGCUGUUGUAGAGCCCUUGUCUCCCCCCGGGGUGGCUGCUUGGCUCCAGCUGGUCCUCGACUGAGGCUUUAUCUGCCACCCUGGCCUUGGCUCUCUGGAAACAAUCCCGGCUCUCUGGAAACAAUCCCAGCUCCCAAGUCUUUGUGGGUAGCUGCUUGCACAUCUUCUGCCUACAAGUCCCAGAAGCCCUUAUCAGGGCAAGAGUGCAAAGCAGUUACUAUCUGUCAGAGUUUAGCACUGUUUGUUUUUGUCCCUUGGCAGAAACAAUGUUUUCUACAGAAAGACUAAGAUUCAGUGUAACUUUGCUCUCCACUGCCUCAAGGCUCUGCUCUAGGUGGUUGUGGUUGUUGUUUUUUUGGUUUUUUUUGUUGUUUUUACUUUUUUUUUUUUUAUGGACAAGCAUUUUAUGGGCCAAUAAGUAUAGAACCUAUGUAAAACAACUUCAAGUGUCUUAAAAAGUUAACCAGCAGGUUUGUAUACCAAGGACCAAAGCAAAAAACAAAAAACCUAGGAUGAAAAUCAUUCCAGUCGAUGUUGCUCAACUGUUUAGGGCAAAGUUGUGCUAUUGAGGAAAUAGAAGGUUCCUGCUCUUAAAUUGCAUGUGCCAUUCCACCUAUCAGAAGUGCAAUUUAAUGUUUGUUUUAUGGAUUGUCUGGCUCAAAGUUUAUGCUGUGAGGAGUCCAAGUGGAAAGCAUGAGGAGCUCAUGAGCAGAGGCGACCUCAGCCCUGGGGGCGCGCUGUCCAGGGGCUGCUCAGCACAGGGAUGCCUGUGCCAGUGCCAUUCCUGUGUCAUUACUGCAGUUGUUACCUCUUCCCAGACUGGUACCACUGGUCUUGGGCAAAAUGCAACUCCUUUGCUAUCACCAGGCAGCUUUUUGUCAUGUUUUGACUCUUUGGUUUCUCUCAAACUCACUCGUGUUGCACGCUAACUGCGGAAGGGGAAGGAGCGGAGCGUGUGCGGAGGAGUGCGACCUCUGCCAAGUACUUUGAGAGGGGGGAAGGAGUUUUAGCUGUACAUUUCAUUUUGGACACCUGUAUUAAACUAGAAUUGAUUGACCAGGGAGAAGAAAGAAGCAUCGUGGGCCUCGGGCUUUACUUUGUGCAGGAUCCUGGUGUACCUACAGCUGCUAUCAUAGGUGUAAAAACCACUCUUGUUGCCUAAUGAAGUCUCUAGUGUGCUAAGCCCUGGUGAUGGCAAAGUGUGGUGUGAGUGGCAAGUAGUACAUGAGCGUGAUGUGAAAUGCAUUAGACUCUGAGCCUCUUGCAACAUAUGGUCUGGUCUGUGCUGUCUGAGUCGUGUUGAUUUGCAGAUAUGUGAUAUGAGUGAUACUCAUCCUACAGACACAUGGAAAAUCUUUGUUUUAAAAAAAAAUAUAUUCUGCUUUGUGCGUGUAACCAAGUCGGACAGAAAGCAAGUGUGCCAAUGCUGUUUACAUGACUAUACUGUGUGAUGCUCCUCUGUCUAAUGUUACCAUAUGCCUUAUGUGUUUCAAAUGUUAAUUAAAAGCAUAACAAAACCCUCA